AUGCGCAUCCACGAUCACGGUCACUUGUGGCUGUGGACGUUUGCGCCAGCAAAGACGGUGCAACGCUGCCAAGGCGCCUGUGACGAUGAAUGUGGCCGCCUUGAGCGCAAUCGCUCCUUGGCAUCUGCUCUCGGCGUCGACAUCAAUCAAACGACCACAGUGCAGACCAUUACCUCCACAAACCUGCCGUAUUCGACCGAAACGCUUGAUCAGUAUAUUAAACUUGCAUCAUCCGUAUCACUUUCAACUCUCCAAACUUAUGAAUCAACAUUGCAUUCCUUGGCACUCGACUCAACCAAUCGCUCCACCCGCUUCCAACCUGCCAAGUCAACCCUUCGUUCAUUUACCCAUUCCCUCGCGACAGACUGGGGUUUUGUGACCGAAAGCCACGACCCAGAGCCCCAUCGCCACGUCUUUGUUCUGAAGCCUCUAACCUGGACCGCACCAAUCUUCGGCAUGGGUACCGGCUCUUCGAUAGGCAUCGGUGGACUGAGUGUGCGCGAAUGUGUGAAGCUCCGCGAACGCGAGCGCACCAAGGAGCGUGAAGCUCAGCGAAUUGCCGCUCUGGAGGCCAAGGCCUCGCGUGAUGCCGCGAAGGCACAAUCAAGCGUGUCUGGCGAUGGAUGGGCACAAGUUGCAUCCCGGACUAAGGGCAGUGCUAGUAGUACUAGGAGUACCACACCUGUUCAAAAUCCAUUUGGCAGCCGAACAAUGUUUUCUGCUCUUUCUGGCGAAGGAGUUCAAGAUCCACCGUCUAAGAAGGAGCGCUUGGUCCUUCGAUCGGGUAUCGGCGCUGGCAAAUCAAUGCGCAAAGAACCAGCCGAGGAGGUCGUGGAUAGCUGGGAGGAAGCAGAGGAAAAAGAGGAACAGGUUGAGCGCGAACAAGAAAAGGUCACACUGGAUGAAAAUCAGACGCCUUUAGAUCCUGUGUCCGGUACACAGGAUGUUGAGCGGCAGGAUGAGACUAAAGAAAUCGCUGCUACUGAUGACCUGGAUUGA